AUGACCAUUCUCUUUGAGACACAAAACAGCUCCAAUCUUUCAACGCUCAACUCGAGAUCAAUUCCCGAAACUAUCGACGCUCUCAAACGCGCAGGCUACUCUACACAAGAUCUGGCACGCAUGCGCCACAUCCACGUCGCAGGCACCAAAGGAAAAGGCUCUGUAUGCGCGUUUGCAACCUCUAUUCUGAAAAGAUACACUGAUGUUGGAACCUUUACGAGCCCGCAUCUCACCAGUCCAAGAGAGCGAAUUGCGCUAAAUGGGGAGCCCAUCAGCCAGGAGCUCUUUACGGCGUCCUUCUUCAACCUCUGGGACAGAUACACACAAUCGUCCUUGGCCGAGGGCAAGAGCCAAGACUUUGCUCAUGGGCCUGAUUCAAAGCCCUUCUACUUCCGCUUCCUCGCCAUAUUAGCAUGGCAUAUUUUUCUUCAGCAGGGCAUAAAGAGCGUCGUGAUGGAAUGCGGUAUUGGUGGCGAGCAUGAUGCCACAAACAUCUUGCCAGCAGAUGCUGUCUCUGCUGCUGUCGUCGCACAGCUUGGAAUUGAUCACGUCGCCAUGCUGGGAGAAACGGUGGAGGAGAUUGCCUGGCACAAAGCUGGCGUGUUUAAGAAAGGUGUCAAGGGCUUCACAGUUGCUUCGCCUUCACAACCGGGGGUGAUGCGCGUCUUAAGGUCGAGAGCAGAAGAGAAGGGCGCAGAGUUAAUUGAACUUGAAGAAGACGUAUUGUCAGCCUGGGAUGGGGUGCGCGGUAUUCUGCAAGGAGACUUCCAGAAAAGCAACCAAGCAUUGGCAUUGCUGGCUGUCAAGGCACAUCUCGGCAUGGACACUGAGCCCGUUUCCUCCUUGAAGAGCAUCCCAGACACAAUGGUCACUGGGUUAAAGGAGGCUCGCAUCCGUGGACGAUGUGAAGUUCUGCAGCAAGACAAUAUCAGAUGGUUGCUUGAUGGAGCUCAUACCAAAGAAUCGCUUCAGCAAGUCGCAAAAUGGCUCGCUCAAACUAUUCGUCCUAAUGAGUCGCUCAGCCUGAUAUUCAACGUUCAGGAACGCAACAUCACCGAGCUGCUCACUGUGCUGAUGGAGGCUAUCCAAGUGGAAACCCAACGACCAGACGUCGUCAGCCGAGCCAUCUUCACGCCAAAUGAACAACUCGCCGCAACGGCUGAAGAAGGCGAUCGCGACUUGAGUCUGCAGCAGAUGGGAGCUGACGCUAUGCAAAGACUAUCACCAAGCUGUGCCGUCGAAGUAUGCGAGAGCUUAUCACAGGCCAUCGCCAGUGCUAGAGAAUCGACGACAAAAGAUUCUUCGGUUUUGGUCACUGGAAGUAUGCGCCUUGUCGGUACCACACUUUUAGAAAUUGAGCCAGACGCUUUGGUUUGA